AUGGCUAGUGCCUACUGGGCAUUUGAUAACAAUGCACUUGAACUUUAUAAUAGCAGUUUAAAUGGUGCUCUCUCUGGCAGUCCAAGCUAUGUAACUGGUUUUAAUCAAUAUGGUCAAGCUAUCUCUUUAAUUCGUUCCUCUACUCAAUAUGUUUAUAUCACCCCAACAGUGCUUCCGUUUAAUUCGCGUAGUUUCACAAUCGAAGCAUGGAUCUAUCCAAUUAGUUUUUCGAGUAGCACUGAGUAUGGAAUAUUCGGUCAAUGUCAAUCGACUAGUACUAAUUUAUGUUUAUACUUCGUAGUUCGAAGCAAUAAAUUAUAUUGUGGAUUUUAUAACAAUGAUGUACAAGGUAGUACCUCUGUAACGACGAAUCAAUGGAACCAUGUAGCUUGCACAUAUGAUUCAAGUACAAUGACACAAAAGGUGUGGCUUGACGGUAAUCUUGAUGGUUCACAUUCUUCCAGUGAUUACAGUGGCCUGUCGGGCACAACAACUAUUGGUGCCACUUUUGAAUUAGGCAGUGCAGCUACAUUCAAUGGUUACAUAGACAACGUACGAUAUGAAUCUAGAGCUAAGAAUUCAACUGAAAUCCAGAAUGACGCUACUUUACAAAUUUACUAUUCAUUUGAUAGUAGUUCACUUACAGAUGGUGGUUCUAAUGGUAUCAAUGGUACUGCUUAUAGUGGAAGUCUAUCAACUACUACUGGUCGAGUUAAUCAAGCAAUUCAAUUUAACUCGGGACCUUAUAUAAGUUACUCAUAUCGUCCAUUUUACUUUUUGGGUGUCCGUGGUCAGUCAUAUACUAUGGCUCUAUGGGCAAAACCAACAGGAAGUUAUAGGUCACAGACACUUGUUUUUGUAGGAAUAGGGGGUAGUUGGUGUGUUCACUUUUUGGUAACAAUGUCGAGUGGACAGUUAAAUGCAGUUAGUUGGAUGGGUAGUAGUAAUGAAGUUGUAAAUGGUCCCAUACUUACACUAAACACUUGGACACAUAUUGGCUAUACAUAUAGUUCAACUAAUGGUAUGCGAUUGUACAUAAAUGGUAACCUAUACUCGACGAGUGGUGUGUUUACGUUUUCAGCGUUUGGUAGUCCGGUGCCUAUCAUAAUAGGUGGAGAUUGA